GUGCCUCUGUAAGUAUAUUUCUAAGUAGGUAAUCUGGAAGCUGCAGAGGCAAUGAGUAAGACCCAGCAGAAAAUGACUCGGGAGUCUCAUUUUCCAGGGUUUGGAAAGAAGUCUGGAGACCCCCAAACCCCAAUCUUGUUUACAGAUGAGGACACUGAGGUCCAUAGAAGUGAAGUGACCUGUCCACAGUGUGAGUUAGUGGCAGAGUAGAAACACGAACAUGUGCUAUCAUCGUUUGAAUGUUUGUAUCUCCCCAAGUUCAUAUGGUGAAAACCUAAUGCCCAAGGUGAUGGUAUCAGAGGUGAGACCUUUGGGAAGUGAUUGGGUCAUGAGGGUAGGGACCUGGUGGGAUCCGUAUGCUUACAAAAGAGGCCACCUGAGGAGGCAGCAAGAAGCAGGUCCUCAGCAGACAGUAAACCUACUGGCACCGUGAUCUUGGACUUCCCAGCCUCAAGAACUGUGAGGAAAUAAAUGCUUAUCGUUUAUAAGCCACCCGGCUUAUGGUAUUUUUGUUAUAGCAGCUCAAACAGACUAAGAAACCAAGUUUUCUUACUUCCUACUCAGUGAUCUUAACCUGGAGGUCAGCGAUAAAAUAAUAUUGCUGCUUUGAUUCCCAGGAGAAAAUUUAACUUGGCUAAACUUCAGCUUUGAGGCAAACCAAGAAGCAGAUGGACCAGCCUUUGUUAUCUGAAAGCACCCCGACUCGAGAGGCCCUCUGUUUUUGGCGCGUCAGUCAGACAGCCCUAGGAUUUAGAUCCUGGGGCUGGAAGAAGAUCAAGAAUCCUGGCAGCUCAAACUGCCUCUUGGGUAGGGUACCAUGGUGGUAGCUGAAUGCCAGCAGUGCCAUCCUGAUUGCCUCUAUUUGUAGAAUAGAUAGCUGGGGCAAGGGACUGGAUCUGAGCAGCACAGCAUUUUCCCCAAGGUCUCUGGCCCCUUUCAGAGGCUGAGCACAAGGUCAGCACCAUGGACAGCACCACAGUCCUGCCUCCCUUUCCUGUUCCAGAGAAGGCUGGAAAUCUGGACUAGUCUGGGGACUUGCCGGCCCCCAGUCCCUGCUGGCUGUUCUAAGUGAGUGAAGGACUCUCGUGGCUCCCAGAGCAAUCUUUACGCCCAAGAAGGCUUCUCUUUCUCUCGAGUCCGGUGUCAUUUCCAGAGACACAAAGUCUGGUGUCCUCUGGCGCGCUCCUGGGGUCUCGCAGCCAUUGGGUCGGACUCAGAGUUGCGGCCGUCAUUGCUCUACAAUCAGUGCAUGUUACUCGCUGACGUCAGCCGGAGCUGUUCUGGCGCUAUAUAAGGCUGGCGAAGGUCCCGGGACAGACCCCGUGUUCCCCGAGGCGCCCUCAGCCCUCCCCGAGGGACAGAGACUGGAGCUCUAUCCUGCAGGGUGCAGAGGCUCUGCUCUCCUGCGAACUGGCCGGCGGGACCAUGAAGACGGCGGGACGCGCGGCGUUGCUGGCCGCGCUGCUGUUCCUGGCACAGCUGCGCCCGGGGAGCAGCCAGUGGAGCCCGGAGGAGGAGGCGGCGGCCGCCGGGGUCCGAGAUCCGAGUCUGCGCUGGAGCCCUGGGACACGGAACCACGGCGGCGGGGCCCGCGCGCUCCUCUUGCUGCUGGCAGGGCCCUUCCCGCGCCGCCGGGCGGAGCAGGACCGAUGGGGAUCCGGGACGGCAGGCGAGCGGCCGCGACGGGACGACCCUCCCCUGUCCAUUGACCUCACCUUCCACCUGCUACGGACCCUGCUGGAACUCGCGCGGACGCAGAGCCAGAGGGAGCGCGCCGAGCAGAACCGCAUCAUAUUCGACUCGGUGGGCAAGUGAUCAGCGGGUCUGGGGCCCCGAGAAUCUCGACCCCCAAUGCUCCACCUCAGGGUUGAGACGUGAGCGACAGGAACUGACCAAGUCCUGCAGGGCUAGAGCGGCCUAGGGAUACCCUGAGCACUCUCCGCGUUACCGGUUUUUAAUAAAAGUGCUGAAGAGCA